GUGUGUGUGUGUGUGUUUCAAAGAAGGUGUCAAGUCGUUACCACAUUAAAUGGUGCCGUUAUGAAUUUGGUACAUCUGUCAAACGGAAGGCUUCUUGUCUUUAGGUCUAUGGAAAUGCAGGAUCUAACCAGCCCGCAUAACCGACUGAGUGGUAAUAGUGAGUCCCCCAGUGGUCCCAAACUCGAUAGUUCUCAUAUAAAUAGCACUUCCAUGACUCCCAAUGGCACGGAAGUUAAAACAGAGCCAAUGAACAGCAGUGAAAUUGCUUCGACAGCAGCAGACGGGUCUUUAGACAGUUUCUCAGGUUCAGCUCUCGGGAGCAGCAGCUUUAGUCCAAGACCAGCUCACCCAUUCUCUCCACCACAGCUCUAUCCUUCCAACAGACCAUACCCACAUAUUCUCCCUACCCCUUCCUCACAAACUAUGGCUGCAUAUGGGCAAACACAGUUUACCACAGGAAUGCAACAAGCCACAGCCUACGCCACGUACCCACAGCCGGGACAGCCCUAUGGAAUUUCCUCCUAUGGCAUCAAGACGGAAGGUGGCUUGUCACAGUCUCAGUCACCUGGACAGACGGGAUUUCUCAGCUAUGGCACAAGCUUUGGUACCCCUCAACCUGGACAGGCACCGUACAGCUACCAGAUGCAAGGGAGCAGUUUUACCACGUCAUCAGGAUUAUAUGCAGGAAAUAAUUCACUCACCAAUUCCUCUGGAUUUAACAGUUCACAGCAGGACUAUCCAUCUUAUCCCGGCUUUGGCCAGGGUCAGUAUGCCCAGUAUUAUAACAGCUCCCCGUAUCCAGCACACUACAUGACAAGCAGUAAUGCUAGCCCAACGACACCAUCCACCAAUGCUACUUACCAACUCCAAGAACCACCUUCUGGCAUCACGAGUCAGGCGGUCACCGACCCCACAGCAGAGUACAGUACGAUCCACAGCCCUUCAACGCCCAUUAAAGAUUCGGAUUCUGAUCGUCUGCGUCGAGGUUCUGAUGGGAAGUCACGUGGCCGAGGCAGGAGAAACAAUAAUCCCUCACCUCCCCCAGAUUCUGAUCUUGAGAGAGUGUUCAUCUGGGACUUGGAUGAGACGAUCAUUGUUUUCCAUUCCUUGCUCACGGGGUCCUACGCCAACAGAUACGGGAGGGACCCGCCCACUUCAGUUUCCCUUGGUCUGCGGAUGGAAGAGAUGAUCUUCAACUUGGCAGACACACAUCUGUUUUUCAAUGACCUAGAAGAAUGUGACCAAGUUCAUAUAGAUGAUGUCUCAUCAGAUGAUAAUGGCCAGGACCUGAGCACAUACAACUUCGGGACAGAUGGCUUUCCUGCGGCAGCCACCAGUGCUAAUUUAUGCCUGGCAACUGGUGUCCGAGGCGGCGUGGACUGGAUGCGAAAGCUGGCCUUCCGCUACAGACGAGUAAAAGAAAUCUACAACACCUACAAAAACAACGUGGGAGGUCUGCUUGGCCCUGCUAAGAGGGAAGCGUGGCUCCAGCUAAGGGCUGAGAUCGAAGCUCUCACAGACUCCUGGCUGACCCUGGCGCUGAAGGCCCUUUCCCUCAUUCACUCCCGGACGAAUUGUGUGAACAUUUUAGUAACGACUACCCAGCUCAUCCCGGCACUGGCGAAAGUGCUCCUCUAUGGAUUAGGAAUCGUGUUUCCAAUAGAAAAUAUUUACAGUGCCACUAAAAUAGGAAAGGAGAGCUGCUUUGAGAGGAUCACCCAGAGGUUUGGAAGGAAAGUGGUGUAUGUUGUCAUAGGAGACGGCGUAGAAGAAGAGCAAGGGGCGAAAAAGCAUGCUAUGCCCUUCUGGAGGGUCUCCAGCCACUCGGACCUCAUGGCACUGCACCACGCCUUGGAACUGGAGUACCUGUAGCGGCCCCCCGCCCAACUGACACUGCGCACCUGCCCUGUGGCCAGAGACAAUCCAGCAGGCCUCAAUCUUGCGUCAGUGCCGGC